AUGAUUCCGCUCUCGCAAUCUUGGCCGAAGCCUCGGCACGACGACUCCAUGGACAAGCAGGGAUACCUCACCGACGACGACGGCCUGCGGCUGACCGCGGCGCCGACGACCGAGAGCGUCCGCAGCUUCGCGCCGCACCAGGACGCGGCUGAGGAUCAGCGGCCGUCAAGAUGGAAGACGGCGCGGAUCGUGUUUAGCAUCGACCGUCACGUCAUGCCCCUCGUUUGCCUGCUGUACCUGCUCUCGUGCAUAGAUCGCGCGAACCUGGGCAAUGCGAAGCAGGAUGGGCUGAUGGAGGACUUGCACAUGACGGGCAGGCACGACUACAAUAUUGCACUUUCAGUCUUCUUUCCUUUCUACCUGAUUGUGCAGAUCCCGUCGAAUCUGGCCCUGCAGCGCGUGCGGCCAUCUAUAUGGCUACCCACGCUCAUGGUCCUCUUCGCCAUCGUCACGGUCUGCAUGGCCUUUAUCAAGACCUACGGCGGCCUUCUCGUCAUGCGAUGCCUGCUGGGCAUCGCCGAGGGUGGCAUCUUUCCGGGCGUCGUCUACUACCUCACUACAUGGUAUACCCGGUACGAGUACGGCUUCCGCAUCGCGAUUAUCUACGCGUGCGCCGUCGCGGGCAGCCCGUUCAACCGCUUCAUCGGGGAUGCCAUACUCGAGUUUCACGGCGUCGGCGGCCUCAACAGCUGGUCUUGGAUCUUCAUCCUCGAAGGGCUCGUCACACUGCUCGUCGCUGGGGCAUCGUACUGGCUGCUGCACGACUGCCCAGACAGCAGUGCUUUCCUCAAGCCGUCGGAGAAGAGGACCGUGAUGCGGCGCCUCGCCGAGGACAUGUGCCACCUGUCCGACGGCUUGAAGCUCGCUCAGGUCAGGAGCGCGCUUCUCGACUGGCACAUCUGGGUGCACAUGGUCAUGACGGUCGGCAUCUCCAUACCGCUGUACUCCAUCGGCGCCUUCAUGCCGCUCAUCAUCGAGGACAUGGGCUUCCACGACGACAAGGCGAUACUCAUGGAGAUGCCUCCGCACGCGGCCGCGAGUCUCGUGAUGCUCGCGGCGGGAUGGGCGGCUGACCGGCAGCGGCAGCGAGGCGUCUACAUUAUCGCGUUUUGCAUCCUGGCGAUGACCGGCUUCGCGAUCCUCAGCGCCGUCGAGGACGCAGGCGCGCGGUACUUUGCCUGCUUCCUCGUGUGCAUGGGCAUCUACCCCGUCGUCCCGCAGGACAUCGCCUGGAACGCCAACAACAUUGGCGGCUCGACCAAGCUCGCCGUCGGCAUCGCCAUGCACAUUGGCUUUGGCAAUCUCGGCGGCGCAGUCGCCGGCUUCGUCGUCCGCCACGACGAAGCGGAGCGCUUCGUGUCCGGACACAACAUCAUGCUGCUCAUAACAGGCGCCGCCUGUCUGCUGGCCGUCUUCAUGUCGUGGUCCGUCCGCAAGGAAAACGCGCGGCGCGAUCGCGUGUACAAGAGCCCGGAAUCGUAUUCGGUGCCGGAGAGGAGGCGGCACAGGGACAUGGGCGAUCGAGCGCCGUUUUUCCGAUAUACCAUCUGA